CUGGGAAGGACGGGCAGACGGGCGGGAUGCGCCCCCCAGGCUGCCCGCGCCCCCGCCGUCGGGGCCCUCCAGGCCGGCCAUAUGGGGGCUUGGAGCUAAGGGCAGCGGCGCUGGGGCGGGAGGGGCCGCGGGGCGAAGAGCGGGCAGCCUUGCGUUAUCUGCACUCCCCAAGUGGGAAACUGAGGCCCGCCGCUCCCCCCCCCCCACCUUCCCAGAGCGCUGGCAGGAGAGCCCAGUGAGCAGCCGCUCCCUGGGGAGGGGGAGCAGGAAGUCGGCCGCGGGGGGGGGGGGGGGCGCCUGUCCGGGCGCCGAACAAAGCCCCUUCCGGCCCCCUCGGCGCAUCCCCAGACCGAGCCCGAUCUCCUGCGGGCGGGGCGAUUUCUCUUCUAGAGCUGGCCCGGGCCUUUGGGGAUCUCCGGCCACACCGGCCACCUCUGCCGUCUGCCGGGGCUCGGGGCAGAGGGAAAGCCGGACCAGAGCCCUGGCCUCGGGGAGGGUGGGAGGGAGGGAGCCCGGCUCCCGGGACGGGGAGGGAAAGAACUGAGGCGGCUGCAUGGAUCCUGGAGGCCAGAGGGAGCAUGGCAGGUAUGCGGGAGGGGCUCACCGGCUUUGGAGACCAAUGAAGGAUGGCUGGAGGGAGAGACCAGAGCCAGGCCCACCCUCUUGGCAGCUAUCGCAGGAAUGGGGGAGGAGGCAAUGAGGGACUUGGAUCAGGGUGGGGGCAGUCAGAAGAGAGGCGCUGGGGUUGGAGAGGGGAAACUGACCAGAGAUGAAAUAGACUGGAGAUGCCAGAGGGGAAACUGACCAGAGAUGAAAUAGACUGGAGAUGCUAGAGGGGAAACUGACCAGAGAUGAAAUAGACUGGAGAUGCUAGAGGGGAAACUGACCAGAGAUGCUAGAGCGGAAAUGGACUAGAGAGGUGAAACUGACAGGCCUGGGUGCCAGGCUACAUCGGGGAUGAGAGGUGGGGGUGCUCAUACUGCCAUAGUUCACCAGCUCACUCAGCCCUUUCUUUCCUGAUGAGCUCAUCUAAUUCGGAUCACCGAAGAGGAUCAUUUGCCCAGCACCUGGCACACCGGAGCUGGCUCUUACUGCCCAAUCUGCCCAGGCCACUUCUUCCCCCUGCUGAUGCUGGGGAUUGGUGGAGGAAGGAAGGUGUUGGCUUGGAGCAGGAUUGGAGCAGGCCCCUGAGGGUGAGGGCGGCUCGGGAAGGCCAUGCUGGGCCUGGAGACUCCAGUGAAGGCUGCUCUGGGCCAGGCUGGGAGUGAGUGGGGACGAGGCCUCGCUGCCUGCUUGAGGGCAGCCCCUCUAGCUUAGUGCUUUGCUUCUGCCCUGGUGUGUGGGAAGGGGCUCAGGCGGGUGCAGGAGGCCCUCUGGAGAGGACCCCCAGCGGAGGCCAGCAGGCACCGCAGCUCUGCCUCCCUUCACCCAGCACCAGAGGUAGACAGGGCAGGCCACGAAUGGGGGCCAAAGAGGCUGGAGGGAGGCCCCUGGGAAGCGCAGAUCCCCAGCCCUCCGCCCAGGCCGGAAGUGUCCAGUGGCCCAGCUCCGUGUCUCUUUCCCACCCUCCCCCCACAUCCUGCCCCAGCCUGGGCCCCAGCAUCGGCUUCCCGUUCGGAGAAGAGGCUGCCUCAGUCUCCUCGGAGAGGUGGGCUCGUGGCUCCUCCUCUGAGCCCAGAGAUGCCAGGGAAGGGGAAGGGGUGGUGGAGCGAGGGGGCCAGCUUGGGGGUGCGAAGGCAGGAAGAGGAGGAGGCAGCCGGGCCAAUCCAGAGCCCAGAAAGGUGGCAUCCUGGGCAGAGUGCCUGGGGGCCACUGGGUGGGCUCGUUCCUCCUUGGGCUCCUCAGUGACCACGGAGGCCCAUGAAGUUUGAUGUGGGUGGCACAGGGACGAGGAGGAGCUGGGCUCUCCCUAGAAGCAGGCCAGGGUUCAAGCUGGGCAAUGCUCACCAGGGGUCCUCUCUGGGGGGUGGGCAGGGCUCCAGGAAGAAAAGGCAGAGCCUUCUGGGGACAGUGCUGCAGGCUGCCUCAGUUUCCCCCGUGAGAUGGAGAGGGCAGGGCUGGGUGGAUGCCACAGGGGUUUCCCCCGGCCCAGAGUCUCUGAGCUGUGUCGUGGGGCCCGUCCGGGAGCAUUCGGGGUUGCCUGUGGAGGGCAGCCAGCCUGGGGGAAUCACGGGGAGUGCCAGGGUGCCAGGAGAGGAGGCUGAGGCUGUGGCGUCCCCGGGAUGGGGCAGCGGCAAGGGCAGAGCAGUGAGGUCAGGUGGGCGGCCACUCCCUGCCCCCUCCUGGAAGCCCUGGGCAGUGCCAGGCAACAGCUGCACAGAGCCAGCAGGGCAGGAAGCUGCCUCCUCCCCCCUCCCUCCACCCACCUGCCCUGGAAAGCUCCUGCUUUCGGCAGCCGCCCCCUCCCUUCCCCAUGCCUCGGUUGCUAGGGGCGAUGCUGCGGGCGGGGGGGCGAGCCCCCAUCGGUGUGCCUCCUCUUGACACUGAGCUGGAGGUGCCAAUUAGCCUUUCAGAGAAAGCCUUUCCUGGCCACAAAGGGACAAGAGGGGGUGUGAGAGGAGAAUGGCAGGCCGUGGGGGCCCGAGGCAUUGUCUCCAUGUGCCAGGCCCUGUGCUCAGCACCCGCGGGUAGGAUCUCAUUUGGUCCUCCCAACCCUGCUGGAAUUAGCCUCCUUUGGCAGGUGAGGAAACUGAGGCAGGCACAAGGGAGGUCCCACAGCUAGGCCCUGGAGCUGAGGGCAGAUGCCAGAUGAGGGCCGUGGGUGCCCUUUGCUGGCCUUUCCCGACCCCGCGCUGGGAUGGGCUUCUCUGCUGUGCCCCCAGCCCAUGGCUCUCAUUUCUAGGUUCCGGGAGCCCAGGCAGCGUGGGGGCCUCCCUUCCUUCUCCCCCUUGAUGCUGGCCCUUUGGGCCCCGGGCUGCGGCCCAGGGGAGCCCCCCCCGAGCCUGUGCCUCCCCUCCCCCCGGCGGCCAUGGGCCCUGAGCCCCCCCUGGCUGUGAGUCGGGGCCCCAGCCACGCCCGGCGCCAUGGCGGUCUCCUGGGACGUGGUCUACAUCGCCGUGGAGGUGGCCAUCGCCGUGCUGGCGGUCCUGGGCAACGUGCUGGUGUGCUGGGCCGUGUUCACGAACACCAACCUGCAGAACGUCACCAACUACUUCGUGGUGUCGCUGGCGGCGGCCGACAUCGCCGUGGGGCUGCUGGCCAUCCCCUUCGCCAUCAGCAUCAGCACCGGCUUCUGCGCCGCCUUCCACGGCUGCCUGUUCAUCGCCUGCUUCGUGCUGGUCCUCACCCAGAGCUCCAUCUUCAGCCUGCUGGCCAUCGCCAUCGACCGCUACAUCGCCAUCCGCAUCCCGCUCAGGUACAACGGGCUGGUGACGGGCGCCCGGGCCAAGGGCGUCAUCGCGGUGUGCUGGGUGCUGUCCUUCGUCAUCGGCCUGACGCCCAUGCUGGGCUGGAGCCACUGCGCCUCCGCGGCUGGCAACAGCUCGGAGGCGCGGGGCUGCGGCGGCGGGCGCGUGCCGUGCCUCUUCGAGGCCGUCGUCCCCAUGGACUACAUGGUCUACUACAACUUCUUGGCGUGCGUGCUGCUGCCGCUGCUGCUCAUGCUGGCCAUCUACCUGCGCAUCUUCCUGGCAGCGCGGCGGCAGCUCCAGCAGAUGGGCGGCGGCGGCGGCGGCGGGCUGCCCGCGUCCACGCUGCAGAAGGAGGUGCACGCCGCCAAGUCUCUGGCCAUCAUCGUGGGGCUCUUCGCCGUGUGCUGGCUGCCGCUGCACAUCAUCAACUGCUUCACGCUCUUCUGUGACAGGUGCCCCCACGCGCCGCCCUGGCUCAUGUACCUGGCCAUCGUGCUCUCGCACACCAACUCCGUGGUGAACCCGCUCAUCUACGCCUACCGCAUCCGCGAGUUCCGCCACACCUUCCGCAAGAUCCUCCGCAGCCACCGGCCGCCCCCCGAGCUGGGCCGGGCAGGCCCCGGGCUGGCCCUGGAGCUCCCGGGCGUCUCGGGGGGGCGCUAUUAAAGGGGCUCUGUGUGUCUGUGC